CAGGUCAGAGCAGGUCUUUCCCCNUGCUCUGGGCCGUCCUGCUGGCGGCGUGGGAGGCGGCGUGGGGGCAGCUGCGCUACUCGGUGCCCGAGGAGCUGCCCAAGGGCUCGUUCGUGGGCGACGUGGCCAAGGACCUGGGACUGCAGCUGCCAGAGCUCAGAGAUCGCGGUGUUCAUAUCUUAGACAAAGGUCAGACGCAGUAUUUCGCUGUUCACGGGAAGACGGGCCAUUUAGUGACGGCGGAGAGGAUCGACAGAGAGCAGCUGUGCCGGCAGGUGGAGAAAUGCGUGCUACGCUGUGAGCUGAUCGUGGAGGGGGAAAUGAAGUUUUAUGAAAUAGAAGUAGAAAUCGAGGACAAAAAUGAUAUUGCGCCCAGCUUCCGAGAGGCAGAAACAGAGUUGAAGAUCUCUGAAACGACAGUCCCGGGGUCUCGGUUUCCCCUCCCAGACGCACAUGACCCUGACUGGGGCCGGAAUUCCGUGCAGAGCUACGAGCUGAGCGGUGACGAGCACUUCUCGUUGGCCGUGCAGGCGGGCCCCGGCGGCGACCAGCGUCCCGAGCUGGUGCUGGCCAAGGCGCUGGACCGGGAGGAGGCAGCGUUUCACGAGCUGCUGCUGAGGGCGAUGGACGGCGGCGAUCCGGCACGGACGGGCACGGCUCGGAUCCGUGUGACCGUGGUGGAUGCGAACGACAACGCGCCCGUGUUCAGCCAGGCGGAGUACACGGUGCGUGUGCCCGAAGACGUGCCCGUGGGCUCUGUCCUCGUCACCGUCACGGCCACGGACGCCGACGAGGGGUUGUAUGGGCGCGUAAAAUAUUUGUUCAAGAAAAUUUCAGAGAAAGCAUCGCAGAUUUUCCACCUCGAUGCCGACAUAGGAGCGAUCACUCUCCUGCAGAGCCUGGACUUUGAGGAAGGCAACUCCUACGAAUUGGAGGUGCAGGGACAUGAUGGUGGGGGUCAUUUUGACACCACGAAUGUUGUGGUUACGGUGACAGAUGUGAACGACAACGCCCCCACACUCACAGUGUCCUCGGCGCUGAGUGAGAUCUCUGAGGAUGAGCCAUCAGGGACCGUGGUCGCCCUGCUGCACGUACAGGACCGGGACUCAGGAGCCAACGGCGAGGUGCGCUGCUCACUUGACAGGGACCUGCCCUUCCAGCUGGAGAAAUCCGUUAAGGAUUACUACCGUGUGGUGACAGCGCGAGAGCUGGACCGAGAGCAGGUGUCGGAGUACAACGUGACGGUGCGGGCGGCCGACGGCGGGUCGCCGGCGCUGCAGAGCAGCGCGGUGCUGGCGCUGCGGGUGCUGGACGUGAACGACAAC